AUGUCAGCACCUUUGAACUCCCACAGCAAUGACGCUGUCGAGGCCGAGUCCAGUCGCAAUCCAUACGAGUCGCCAUAUCUCGAGUCCCCGAUCGACAAUGACCGUGAUGGUGGCCUGAACAUACACACCUCAUUCAGCUCCGACUUCCGCACAUCGUCUGCACACCUUCAUUCGCCCUUGUCCACAAGCCGCAGUCCGUCGCCUGCAUUCCACCACUCGUCUCAUCUACAGCAACGCCGUGUCAGCUCACGCUCACCCGUUCAGCCCACCACUGCCACCAUCCUCUCCUACCUCAACACUCCCUCCGUCGCAACAGACGCAAAAGAUCCUUCUGCUCUCGACUGGUAUGCCGAAGGUCCUGGUCGUCGUGUCGGCUACGACAACCUGACUGCUAUCGACUGGAUCUUCGAAUACGCAAAAGAAAGACAACGACUACGCGCCUUACGAUCAAAUGCCGUCGGUCUGCUAGGAUACUUCCAACUGCUCGCCGAUAGCAGUCAGACUUGGAUCAUACUGGUCGCUACUGGAGUAGCUGUUGGUACCAUCGCUGCUGCCAUUGAUAUCACAAGUGGCUGGUUGGGCGACCUCAAGGCUGGCUAUUGCAGCAACGUCAAAGAUGGUGGGGAAUUCUAUCUGAACAGAGGCUUCUGUUGCUGGGGUCAAAAAGACUACGAGACAUGUCCGGACUGGCAGUUGUGGAGCCAUGGGAUAGGUGUGACUUCCAGUGCUGGUAGCUGGAUCAUCAACUUUGUCUUGUACCUUGCCUACUCGGUCCUGUUCGCGUCCGUCGCUACCUAUCUUGUCACCAGAUUUUCGACUUAUGCCAAGCAGAGUGGUAUACCCGAGAUCAAGACUGUGCUUGGAGGCUUCGUCAUUCGUCGUUUCAUGGGCGUCUGGACCUUGGUCACCAAAUCCGUCGGUCUAUGUCUAGCAGUAGCUUCUGGUCUAUGGCUCGGCAAGGAAGGCCCUCUGGUUCAUGUCGCUUGCUGUUGCGCCAAUCUGUUCAUGAAGCCUUUUGAAAGCAUCAACAGCAACGAAGCCCGCAAGCGUGAAGUCUUGUCUGCCGCUUCUGCUUCUGGCAUAUCAGUUGCUUUCGGUGCACCCGUUGGUGGUGUGCUGUUCAGUCUGGAGUCACUCUCGUACUACUUCCCUGACAAGACUAUGUGGCAAUCUUUCGUGUGUGCCAUGAUUGCGGCCUUCACCCUCAAGGCGGUCGAUCCCUUCCGUACAGGCAAGACUGUGCCAUACUCUGUUACUUAUCACACUGGCUGGCACGGCUUCGAAAUGGUUGCAUACGCCAUCAUCGGUGUGCUUGGAGGCCUUUAUGGUGGUCUAUUGAUCAAGUUGAAUAUGCGACUGGCAGCGCUCCGAGACUCACCUCGCUACCCGCUCAAGGGCAAACCUAUUCUGGAGGUCUGCAUAAUCACCAUUGCCACUUCUGUCAUCGCUUUCCCUGUCACCUUCCUCCGCGCUCAGGCCUCGGAACUGGUUUACUACCUCUUCGCAGAGUGCAAAGAUAUCGAAUCUGAUCCUCUCGGAUUGUGCAAAAGCGGAAUCGCCAAUACUGGAGUCAUUUUCCUGCUACUGAUUUCCGCCAUCGUCGGAUUCUUCUUCACAGCCUUGACUUUUGGUCUUCAGAUCCCUGCUGGCAUCUUGCUCCCGUCCAUGACAAUCGGCGCUCUAUACGGCCGCGUCAUUGGCCUCAUUGUCGAAGUCUGGCAACGCGAACAUCCUAAGUGGAUUGUUUUCGCCUCCUGCGAACCCGACGUUCCCUGCAUCACCCCCGGCACCUACGCCAUUGUAGGCGCAGCAUCAGCUCUCGCCGGAGCAACACGAAUGACCGUUUCCAUCGUUGUCAUCAUGUUUGAACUCACUGGUGCUCUCACCUAUGUGCUUCCCAUUAUGAUUGCCGUCAUGAUUGCAAAAUGGGUGGGAGAUGCACUUGGCAAAGCUGGUAUCUACGAAGCGUGGAUCGCGUUUAACGAAUACCCUUUCCUGGAUAAUCGUGACGAUAGGCCCAUUCCUGAUAUCCCGGUUUCGCAAAUCAUGACGAGGACGGAGGAUUUGAUUUCCAUUACUGCUGAAGGCGAUACAAUCGCUUCUCUGCGGAAUCUCCUCAACAACUACAGUUACAGAGGGUUUCCUGUUAUCUCAAACGCUCAAGAUGCAGUAUUACUAGGUUUUAUCUCCAGGACCGAGUUGUCAUUUGCACUAUCCUCGGCCCUCACGACCCGCAACCUUCCCGAAAACUCACCAUGCUUCUUCUCACAUCAGCCUCUUGCAGACGUGAAUCACACACUCGAUCUUCGCCCCUGGAUGGAUCAAACACCAAUCACCCUCAACUCCGCUUGCGGUCUCGAACUAUGCGUGAAUUACUUCCAACGCUUGGGGUUGCGCUACCUAGGGUUCUGCGAUAGAGGUGUGUUGAAGGGAUUGCUUACGAAGAAGGAUGUUUGGUUUGUAAUUAACGGUGGUGAUGAGAGUGGUGGUAGGGAUAGUGGAGAUGAGAACGGGACUGGGAAUGGGAGGACUAGAGGCGUUGGAGGGGGAGUUUUGAGGGAAGGGGAUGAGGGCGAAGAAAGAGGUUUGCUGUAUGAGGGCAGGAGAGGCAGGGAGGAAGUGGAUGGUGAGAUAGGUGAGGAACGAGGGCCGGUGUAG